AUGACAGAACUUCUUUAUCAAUAUUAUAACGAUUUUCAAAUACUUAUGAAAAAUUGUCAAGAUAUACAAAAGCUCGAUAAUGAUAUCGAUGAAAGAAAAAGACCCUUCGAACAUUCUCAAUCAAUAUGCAACGAAAGAUCUAGUUUACUUUCUUUACCAUCAUUAUUUUCAGCAACAACAUUAAAUGGAAGUACAAAUCAAUUACUAUUAUUAUCAUCAAAACGAAUUUUCUCCGAAGAAACAGCUGGUGAUGCUGAUGAUAAAAAAAAAGAUAUUCGAGAUGAAUCAAUUCAUACUAAUCGACAUCAUGGACAUCAUCAUCAAUUAUCAACAACAUCAUGUUAUCGUUUUAAACAACAAAAUUUAACAUCAGAAGAUGAUUAUGAAGAACUUCUAUUGAGAAACCAUCGUGGGAUGAUGAAUUUUAUGAAUCGAAUAAGUUUCAAUGAAAUUAAGUAUUCAAAAUAA